AUGGCCGACGUCGAGACAGCUACACCUCCUACGAUGGCGCCUCAGGAUAUGGGAGGCGAGGAAGCCUCCACAGCCCUGACAACGACGAGCAACGAGGUGUCGGCGCCAUCAGAGAGAAAAGUGAAGAAGAUCAUCAGGAAGAAGAAGCGCGCAGCGCGACCUCAAGUCGACCCCUCGACCAUGAAAUCCGAACCUCCUCCUCAGACUGGUACGAUUUUCAACAUCUGGUAUAACAAGUGGUCUGGCGGCGAUCGGGAGGACAAGUACUUAUCGAAGACUGCUGCUGCGGGCCGCUGCAACAUUGCGAAGGACACGGGGUAUACGAAGGCCGACAAAGUGCCUGGAAGCUAUUUCUGCCUCUUCUUUGCGAGGGGGAUAUGUCCAAAGGGACAGGAGUGCGAGUAUCUGCACAGAUUACCAGGCAUUCAUGAUAUGUUCAACCCGAAUGUGGACGUUUUUGGCAGAGACAAGCACUCCGAUUAUAGAGACGAUAUGGGUGGUGUGGGAAGCUUUAUGAGACAGAAUCGCACGAUAUACGUGGGAAGGAUACACGUUAGUGAUGACAUCGAGGAAGUGGUUGCUAGACAUUUCGCAGAAUGGGGUCAGGUUGAACGAAUACGUGUGCUCAACACUCGGGGUGUUGCGUUUAUCACAUAUUCUAAUGAAGCCAACGCACAAUUUGCCAAGGAAGCAAUGGCACAUCAAUCCCUGGAUCAUAGCGAGAUUCUGAACGUUCGAUGGGCUACCGCCGACCCCAACCCAAUGGCUCAGAAGCGAGAAGUACGAAGAAUUGAAGAACAAGCAGCUGAGGCUGUACGGAGGGCACUACCAGCAGAGUUCGUGGCUGAGAUUGAAGGACGUGAUCUAGAAGCACGGAAACGAAAGAGGAUUGAAGGUGGAUUCGGCUUAGCAGAAUACGAAGCCCCUGAUGAUAUCUACUUUGCGAGAGGAGUUAACGCGGUCAAUCCAGUUGGUAGACAGGGCUUGACGCUGGAGGAAGAGCAAAGGUUGAUGAUUGAGGCUGAUCAGGUGGAGAAGGAAGAGGCAGAGGAGACUGGCAUAUUCUCAAGCAGUACUCUUGCGGCAUUGAAAGGAGCCCAAGCUUCAGUUGCACCAAGGUCGAAGACGAAAGCACCUUCGGGACCUUUGGUUGCGUACGAUAGCGACAGUGAUUGA